AUGUCGCAAACUUUCCUGCGAUUUGCAAGUCCCAAUGAGCGCCGUACUAUCAGUCGCGAAGACCUCGGCUUUUACCACGCACUCAUCAUAGCAGCAGUGUACGAGCACGAGAAUGAAGUUAUAGACCUCAAUUCAGCUCAGACAUUCUUCCCGCCCCUGAAACACUGCAUCCAAGAGCACGCUUACCUGAGUGUCGUCGUCAAAAAUAGCCACACCGAAAAGCCAGCUUAUGAAGGAGUCUCGACUAUCAACCUCGACUCACAUGUGUCUAUCCUCCACAAUAAUGCUCACAGUGACCCAAACAGCGAUGACGAAACAAAUAUCAUCCAAAACGUCCUGGCGCCAAUCCUCGACAGGCCAUGGCCAGUUGGAAUACCACCCUGGCGUAUCAUCGUCCUCCCACUAUCAUCGGCGCGUGAUUCAACCACGAAACGUUGCUUUAUAGCAUUCUCGUUCUCUCAUACGCUCGGAGACGGUAUGGUCGGAGUCGCAUUCCACCGCACUUUCCUGGAGGCAUGGCGACAGACUAAUAAUGCGAAUGACAACUCCUCCCUGGUAUCCAUAAAUCCAUCAGACCAAACCCUCUCAGCACCAUUCGACACCCCGGAAAGACUUCCUAUAUCAUGGAAGUUCCUCCUGGGACCACUUGUAGCGGUCUACCUACCAAAAUUCCUAGCCGAGUUCCUCGGACUUCGCGCAGCGGCUAGCACAGUUGAUGCUGGUACUUGGACUGGCUCACGCAUCUUCGAACCGGUUCCCAGACUAAACAGCAGAGUGAGGAUCCUCAAGAUUGAGGCUCCGCUCGUGCAGAAGGCUCUUCAAGCUUCGAGAGAGCAUGAUACUAAGCUCACCGCCACGAUGCAUCAGUUUAUUAUUCGGGCUUUGAGCAAGGCUAUUCCUAACAGUGACGUGACGAAUUUCGUUUCGGGGACACCUGUUGAUAUGAGAGCGUCUAUUGGUAUACCAGCUUUAACUUGGGGCCUUUACGUGUCUGGCUACUAUGAGGUGCAUCCUCGUUUACCUGGCCCCCAUGCUAGCGAAUCUGUGUUGUCGGAUGAAAUGUGGACGGCUGCAAGUUCGAUGACGAAAAGGCUCGCUGAAUGUGGUACGAGGCUGCAGGAUCAGGCAAUUGGGUUACUGAGAUAUGUUCCCAGUAUUCGGAGCUGGAUGUUGGGUAAAAUUGGACACCAGCGGGAUUCAUCGUAUGAACUGAGCAAUCUGCUUGCGUUUGAUGGCGGUGAUGUCAGUGACAAUUGCAGGAUUAGCAAGAUGGUGUUUUCGCAGCCUGGCAAUUGUCUCAGUGCACCGCUUGUGUUCAAUAUCAUUAGCGUCAAAGGGAGUAGCUUGGUUUGUACGAUCAGUUGGCAGGUUGGAGCUUUAGAUGUGCCAGCUGAAGAGGAGAUGCGGUUUGUUGAUGAGAUUUGUUCCUCGCUUCGAGCUGAUUUUGAAGCUUUGAGGGGGUGA